AUGGACAGUUUUGUGAAGAAAACACCAAAACCAAAAGUGAUUAAUGAACAGUCCCCGCUUGGGGCGGAACGAAUAGCUCGUGCUCGCAUUGUAAAUCAUCUUUCAAAGGAGCCUACUUUGGAAGACGUUAUCGCUCUUUUCAAGGUUGUCCGUGAGGAAGAAGGUGUAAAGGCCGAAGUCCAACAAUUGCAGUUCACUAAGAAAUUUCCUCUGCACGACUAUAAACUUGUGCAGUUACCGAAAGAAAUUUUGAGCAGUGUGAAAUCAGGAGAUAAACUUGUGUUCCGUGGUGAACGCGAAGACGAAGUGGUUCUUUGUACGCCGUCUUCGACAUAUUCUGUGAAAGAAGUUGAAACAUCAAACUCUUUAUUGGUACUACCGUCGUUGAAAACCAGAACGGAUGUUGAAAAAGCAGGAGAGAAGUUUCUCACAAUUACUCCUGUCAACACUAUUUCUCAUCACUAUCUGGAACUGCAAAAAAUUCCAUGUGUCUCCAUUCGGAGGCUUCGAGAUUUGUUACAGCUCAAUAGACUUCCUUGGGACUGGCCUUUGAAUGAUUCGCCAAAUGACACGUAUUCAAUGGAAACGCUCCUAAACCAUGUGCAGAUGAGUGAAGGAGAAUUGCUUCAAGCUUUGAGUGAUAUGCCAGUCGUGAAUCAUAACGGAAGACUGCGCUGGUUGUCCAACGAUUUGCAGGAUCGCUUUUUCAACUUGAUUGUCGAAGCAUUUGAUGAUCUUAAUGUGCCAUCAAUCAACAUAACUCACCUCACAGCCUCAGCUCUUCGCGAUUUUCUACCAGAGAAUAUCACUCAUGACAUAAUUGACUGGUUCCUCAAGAAAAUGUGUAUAAAAACAGAUCAAGAAGAUUUCAAUCUCAAUCCGGAGCCAUUUGUUCGCGCUCGAGCUGCUCAACUUUUAAGAGCUGCUGCGAAAUUUGAAAUGUGCACAUUCGAAAAACUACUCGAUGAAAUGCUACCUGUUGGAAUAAAAAUGGAGCCAUAUCAUCUUCGCGGCGUAUGUGUUUAUUCCGAAAACGUCAGAGGAAAAUUUAUCUCGUACCUGAAUGUUGAAGACCUUCCAGAGAACCCUAGAGCGCGGUUGGAUUUGCUGUUUUCAAUGCAGAAACUGUGGACCCUAGAUGAAAUAUCACCGUUCCUAUCUGAUAUCUGUGCGAAUGCUAAGGAUAUGGAGGUUCUUAUGUUUGGAAUGUGUCGAAGUCUGUAUCGGGAAGAUGGCACAAGAUGUUUUUGUUCUUUGCGUCCGGUUUGA